AUGGUGUCACUCUUCUCUCCUAAGCAUCAAAAGUUGGUAAAUCAAUGCUAUCCGACCGGUAGAACACCUGAUAAGAAGCCGAAGUCAUCAGAGACGUCGUAUUUAUUGUAUUAUGUUAAUUCAAGGAGAACGAAAUUAGAGAAGGUGGGUGCCUACCUUGUUAAGCGGACAACGACUGAUCUCAAUCAUAGGCGUAUCGGCAAUGUUAUGGUAACUUUGGAGUUAUUGGACAAAAUUAUUGUCAGUUGUAAGGAGAACCUAAACGUGUUCUUAAAAGAGUUUUUGGAUAUAAUGAUUAAAACUUUGAAUAAUAAUAACUUUAAUAUUGAUGUUAGCGUUGUAGAGAAGAUUGAGACUGCUUUCGGUAGUAUUUGUCAACAUUUGGAUGGUGUUCUGUGCAAUGGAGAUUUGGAGUUUAUUCAAAUGUACGAAACAUUUGUUAAUAUCUACUUUCAGGUUGUCACCGAGAGAUUAAAAAAUGAUGAUUUGUUGAUGAAGGGGUGUUUGGAUAUAUCUAAGACUACUAGUUUGGCUAGUAAUCCACAAGUGAGUGUUUUGAUGGCUCGGGCUGUCGAACUGGCGUUGUGUAAGUUCCAAGAAUUACACCUCCGCUUCCAAGGGGAGUAUUUAGAUGUAGACUUGAGUCCGAGUGAAAGACGUCUUUCUAGGUCACAAACGCAUGUUGCUGGGCUUGAAGAAGUGCAGAACCCGAUGGACUAUUCUGAGAUGGCAUUACAGUCAUUUUUUAAUACAACUGAGACGGAUAAACUUUCUAUAUCUAUACGUGCACUUAUUAAGCGGUUGAUCGAAGUCCCGAAUAAGGACUUGUUGCAAUAUAUCUCAAAUAGAAUUCCGGUGCAAUUGAGGUAUAUUAUAAUUUUGUUGUUUACGCGGGCGCUAACUACUCACGAUGAAAGCUCCGUGGUGCUUCUGAAAUUGAUGACCACGUUGCUUGUUUCCGAGGUAAGCAUUAUUGGCCUAAGCGUUCUGGACUUCAUGAGGAAGAUUACUGCGUUCCAAUUGAGUAAUACCACUCACCCACAGAUUGUAGAUGCGUGCACACAGACAAUCUCAGCACUGAACAGAAAGUGCUAUUACAAAGAUCAGUCAUUGGACAUGGUGUCUGAGCUUUUGUUGAAAUUAAAGGAUAUCUCUUCACCGGUCCACAAGGAGAUUCUUAUUGGUGACUUGAAUGCUAUUUUGAAGACCAUAUCCGCCCCGUUCAUCACACUGGACGUUUUCUUGGAGGUCGCUCCGUAUGUGGAUAACCACCUUGAACUGUUCUCUUUCGUCACUGAAAAGAUCCCUGGUGGAUUUGUUAUGAAUAUGUUCUUCCGGUAUUUGAUUAACUUAAAAUCCAAGGACGAACAAGAAGCGAUUCUCGACGCUGCAUUUGCUAAAUUCAAGCAUUUCACACUAUUUUCUGGUUUGAUAUGUUUCUUAGAGGAAGGAUACGCGCGCAACAAUGUCUACUACUCAUAUCAUAUGCGCGCCGCUAAAUUCCUAGAAUUGGAGGACUACUAUGAGCAAGCACUUCGCAAGAAACGAGAAAACGAACUGUUCACAAGAAAAGAUUUAGUUAACUAUUAUUCGGACCCAGGUUGCAAUAAAUAUGCCGAAAAAGGAUUACGUAUCCUCAUACUCCAAACCAACCGGGUCUCUUCAACUGAUCUUGUCUUUGAAACUCCUCCAGAUGGGGACGUAGUUGAUAGUAGCAAGUUCCCGUUAACUCCAACAACUUCACAACUUCAAUCAAAAAUGUUAUCCAAUAGCGAUAUCUCCAUAAAAUCCCUGGAUAAAUUGAAAACUCCCAAAGUCAGUGAUUUAAAAAAGGCUGCCAGAGGUAUACGGCUAGCUAAAUCUCAUGGUUCACUGCAUGCGUCGCAAUCGAUCAAGUCGAAAAUUACAAACAUUACAUUCCUACUAAACGAACUAAAUAAUGACCGUGAUGCGGCUGGUGUCGAAGACUCCGAAUAUGCACAAGCAGACAAUUCAAAUAACUUAGUAAGCCCUUCACCGACAUGUCAAAUGCUCAGCGUUGGUACGCCAAAAAAAAUUUCACUUGAUGAUUCUUUUCAUGAUGCAUCUGCUGACGUUUCCAGCACCUUUAGGGGUAAAUUGUUUUCAUCAUAG